AUGGCUCCCGUCAUGGAGGGCACACACACCGUCUUGAUCCUGUAUGCGCCCAUCCGUGAGCUCAGCACCAUCAGCCUGUUUGACCCCAAGAGGCGGGCCCUGAGCUUCAAGUACAAGAGCCGUGCCCCUCAUUCAGAAAGCGCCGGCAAUGACCAUGACUGGGGAAAGGAGGAUCUUGCGGCGUCCGAACAAAGAGGCCAGUCUUCCUAUUCCUCGAGAGAACUCCUCAACUCCCAGCCGGCAACAAAGGAGGUUGUUGCAGAGCUCUGCUGGCUGGCGGCGGAGCACCACCAGUUGCUGGCGGAUCUCUUAUCGCUGUGUCGGGACUGCGCCAACAAGGUCAGGAUGGGUAACCAGGAUGGGAAAUUCCAGGAUUACAUGGAGGGUCAGGAAGCUCACAUUGGAAGUCAUGCUCUCAGCAGCAGCAGCAACUAUUCUCACGCUGUGUCUCCGGAGCAUAAGAGAGCCACGUCCAAGGGCAAGAAGCUGAAAAAGUUUGGAAGCAAGAAGCUUGACAGUGCGGAGGAUUUCCUGAACAGUAAGAUAAAGAAGAAAGUUAUAAGUGGGACUUCAGGCGCCCAGAAUGGUGUGGCCGUAUCUGCAGCCUCAGUAGUGGAGCCGAUCCCAGCUAUUCCAGCCACCGUCCAUGUGUCUGACAGCCCAGCCACCGGCUCCUAUGUCAGUGCAGUCAGUAAUCCCAUCCUGCCAAUGGAGGAACCCUUCCAGAUCGGCCGUGAGGGCUGGGACUUCAUGGAGGACAACCGGGCAUUUGACCCCGACAUGUAUUUCUGCAGCGACUUCUCGGAAUACGACAGCGAGCUGGGUUUCGAGUCGUCUUAUUGCAGCCUGAUGGAGGGACUGACCCGACGGGAAAGUGGGAGCAACCUUCGACCAAUUAAGAGGUUUGACUCUCCGGUGGAGACGUUAUCUGAGAACGCAUCGGCAGCCAGGUCUGCUCAGCAGCUCUGUGGCGACAUCAAUCAGAGGAAUAUAGGGGUGAGGGUUGUGGCUAAAGUGCAGGAUGUGGAGGGGAGGGUGCACCAUGUUAGCCAUACAAGCCCAGAGAGGCAAGGGUCCGCAGAGUGGAGAGGGUCAAAUGGAGCCCACCUGGCUGGGGUUGGUAGAGAAACGACAGGUAACAAGCAGUCUGAGGGGCUAUGGUUGCCCCUGUCGAAUACAACCAACCCUUCACCCACAGCCAAAUCCCACAUCAAGAGCCCAUCUUCUGCGUCUCUCGCUGGGGUCUUCAACACCUCUCACCCCCCCUCAAACAGCCUCCAGAGCAUGUCUCCAGUCCUGUCCCCUCUGCCCGGUAAGCAGGCGAGCCCACAGUACAACCACCGUAUCGUGCUGCUGUCAGACAAGGACGUGGACCCGGCCCGCGAAGGCUCCAGCAACAUCGACGAGUCCAAAAUCUUCACAGAGGUCAUCGACAAGAACGGCAACAAGCGCACCACCACCCGCCUGGACCUGAACCUCAGCAGGAGGCCGAGCACCUCCAAGUGGAAUUCCUCCAGCAACUCCACAACAACAGAGGAUUCUCUCUUGCGUCAGGAUGAUAUUUGGAUGCUGGAUGGUGAUGAACCUCAGGAGCCUCUUUCCUGUGUUCCGCGCCCUGAUCACCUGGACUUCCUACGCAUCACGCCGCCGGAGGAUGACAUCAUCGGGGACACGCCCUAUUAUCCCAGGCUGGCGUGCACGACAGAGGUCACAUCCCCCACAGACAGCGAGGACAGGACUCCAGGGCGGCUGCAAGCUGUGUGGCCCCCACCCAAAGCUAAAGAUGAGGAGGAGAAAGUGGGGCUCAAGUACACAGAGGCAGAGCACCAGGCUGCCCUCUUGCAGCUGAAGAGAGAGUGCAAGGAAGAGCUUGAGAGGAUGCAUUCCGACUUUGAGCUUCAGAUCUUCCAGCUGAGAGGUGAGCAUGCCGUCUCAAUCUCUCACCUGGAGAGAGCCGUCACCAAGACACAGCGAGAGAAGACGCACAACGCGGGUGUGGAGCACCGGGAGCUCAGCGAUGCUGUUGUGUCCACUGCAGACAAGUCUGCACUCAAGACCUGGCGCACUGUGGGCAUCCAGACGGACCGGGAGACCUUCAUCAAAAGCCCUGGGGGCGAUGGGGAUGUGCUCGCUCUAAGCCCCUCCCAGAACGUGCCUAAAAAACUCAACUUGGACUCUAUCGGCCUGAAUCUAAAAGGCCAAACCGCCGCAGGAGCUCCAGCCCCGCCGCCUCCACCGCCCCUCCCACCAGGCCUCUCAGGACCACCACCACCCACUCCUCCUCCUCCUCCUCCACCUCCUUUACCAGGCAUGGCGGGAGCUCCACCACCACCCCCUCCGCCACCUCCUCUCCCAGGAGGUGGCCCGCCACCCCCUCCUCCGCCACCUCCUCUCCCAGGAGGUGGCCCGCCACCCCCUCCUCCGCCACCUCCUCUCCCAGGAGGUGGCCCACCACCUCCGCCUCCCCCUCCUGGCCUACCUGGAGCUGGCCCACCUCCCCCUCCACCGCCUCCAGGGUUUGGACCUCCCCCUCCUCCCCCCAGUGGCGGCGGCUUCAGUUUUGCCCAGAACGUGGAGAAGGCCCCGCGGAAGCCUACCGUCGAGCCGGCCUGUCCCAUGAAGCCUCUGUACUGGAGCAGGAUACAGAUACAGGACAAUAACAACAACACACUGUGGGGCUGUCUGGAGGAACCGAACAUCGUCAACGCCAAUGAGUUUGAGGAUCUGUUCUCAAAGGCCACGCUUCAGGGGAAGAAGAAACCACUGUCAGACAGCUACGAGAAGAAAACCAAAGCUAAGAAGAUUACCAAGCUAUUGGAUGGAAAGCGUUCACAAGCAGUUGGCAUCCUCAUAUCGAGUCUGCAUCUGGAGAUGAAGGACAUUCAGCAAGCUGUUCUCACUGUGGACAACACUGUGGUGGAUCUGGAGACCAUUGAAGCAUUAUAUGAAAAUAGGGCCACCAGUGAUGAGAUGGAGAAGAUAACGAAACAUUAUGAAAAGUCAAAAGAAGAUGAAGUCAAGCUGUUGGACAAACCUGAACAGUUUCUCUAUGAGCUCGCCCAGAUUCCUGACUUUGCUGGCCGGACCCGCUGCAUCAUCUUCCAGGCAAUGUUCCUCGAUACCAUCGCCUCCGUCCGUAGCAAGGUGGAGAAAAUCUCCAAUGUCAGCAAAGAGCUGCUAGAGAACAACAGUCUGCGGGAUAUUAUAGGUCUUGUUCUGGCCUUUGGGAACUAUAUGAAUGGAGGGAACAGGACGAGAGGUCAGGCUGAUGGCUUUGGACUCGAGAUCCUUCCCAAAUUAAAGGACGUCAAGAGCAGAGACAAUCGUAUGAAUCUGGUGGAUUAUGUGGUUAUAUACUACCUCAAAAAUUUUGACAAGAACGCCGGCACAGACAAGAGUGUGUUCCCUCUGUCGGAGCCUCAGGAUUGCUUCCAGGCUGCUCAGGUUAAAUUUGAAGACAUCACCAAGGACCUCAGGAAGCUGAAGAGAGAUCUAACCACCUGUGAGAAAGAUGUGAAGAACGUGUGUGAUAACUCAUCAGAGGAAACCCUGCAGCCCUUCCAGCAGAAGAUGGAGGGAUUUAUCUCUGCAGCUCUAAAGGAUCAAUUAGCCGAAGAGGAGCAGCUCAAUUCUGCACAAAAAAGCUUCGGGGAGAUGGUGAGCUACUUUGGUGUUAAGGCAAAACCCGGGGAUAGCGACGUGACCCCGAGUCACGUCUUCAUGCUCUGGUACGAGUUUUGCAACGACUUCAAGAACACCUGGGUACGACAAAGCAAGAUCAUCUCCAAGGAGAGGUUGAAGGAAGCCCAAGAAAACAUCAAGAAGAUCACAGCAGAGAAGAGAGUGGAAACCAAGAAGAUGAAUGCCAACAGUCUGAAAGAUAGGCUGCGGCAGAAGGAGUCCAGCGUCCCCUUCAGCUGAAUUGACGGGCGGUGAAGGAGAAAUCCACUGGGGGGUGGAAAGAGAGAUGGACAAAAAAGACUGCGGGCCUCAUCCCUCUUCACUCAGCCACCUGCCCCCCCAACACCGGACCGCCCUCCAUGGCC